CCGGAUGCGAACGAAUCCAGAUUAUUGCUAGUAGCGCCAGGAGACAGGCCCAAAUCUGGCGCGACGCGAAAGACUUUGUCACGAAGGCGCUGAUCCCUCAAAGCGUGGAGCAUGCAAACCGUGGGCGGACCCAGCAGAGGAGUGCCGUCGAGAUUGUGUCGAUGAUUAAGGGAUAUCCG